CUAAACUAAGUUCUGUAAACAUCAACACUUUUUACACAGAAAAUUCAGAUUAUUGUAAAAAAAAAAUGAUGAAAGGGUCAAAAGAAGCAAAUGUUAAUAUCAUGUUAGUUAACCAACCGGCGCCUGUUGAAAAUCGAAUAAAAGCGCCACUUUGUCCUUGACAUUCGCUUUGCAUAAAGGUACUGCAUCGUUAGACUUUUAUAGAACACCCCGUUCCUUGUCUCUCUCUCUCUGCAAAGGAGUCCGGCAUGCUGUGCGGAAAUUUAAUCAAAGUCCAAACAUUCUCCUCCCCAUUUCCAGCAAGCCAAGAAGUUACAGACUUUAAUAGCGCAAUUUUCUGUGGUGCAAGGAGAGAUUCGAGGGCAGAGUUCUACGUAAGUCCAAUCGAGCGUGUGAGUAAGGAUGAAAAAGAGUGCUGGGUGUGCGUAGAGAGGCAGUGGAAUGGCAAAAUGACUGAAGAUGACUACAUUUUUACUUCUGACAAACUACCUUCUGACCCCCGCUACAUGGCAACUGUUAGCAAUGGCUUUGUAGGUACCAGAAUUUUUGAUGAGCUCAUCCAUGUGAAUGGAGUAUAUAAUGGUGGUCUGGGAGACUGUCACCGUGCAAACAUACCUUCCCCACUCGCUGUGAGAAUAAAUAUGAAUGAGAUCUCCCAGGAGGACCUACAACACAGCUACACCCUUGACACCCUUGCAGGUUGGUUCACUCACACACUGUCUUCAGAUGAUGUCAUUGUUACUCAGAAAAUCCUAGCACAUCGUGUGCACUUGAAUUUGCUUGUGAUGGAGAUCAUUAUGGAGAGGAAGCAGACUCCUGGCCCUUCAGUUAAUGUGCAACUUUUGAACUCAUUUUCUCCACAAAGCCAGGAUAUCGCUUUCACAGAUGGACCUGACUUCCAAGAUGCAAGGUACAUUUAUGGGCAGAUACUAAUCCCUGAAGUGAAAGAUGCCCCAAAACCAAGCAUCCACUUAAUCUGGACUCCUGUUCCCACAAGCCUAACUCUGCCUGAGGGGAAGACGAGUGCUAGCUGGGUGUUUCUAAUAGCAGUGGCAGAAACAGCAGACCAAGCAAAAGACAGCUAUUCUAAUGGACUGGCUCUGAUUGCCAGUGGCAAACUGUGCUCUUCUCACAAGUGUGCCUGGGCAGAACUUUGGUCACUUUGUGGUAUAAGAGUAGCAGGUCUUCUUGCUUUAAACCAGGUCCUAAUUGGCUGUGUCUACUACCUGCUCAGUGCACUUCCACCUUUGAAAGUAGAAGGCUUCCUGUUUAAUGGCAUUAGCCCAGGUGGGCUUAGUAAUGGUAAAAAGGGAGAGGACUACUGGGGACAUGUCUUCUGGGAUCAGGAUGUAUGGAUAUAUCCCAAUGUCCUCCUCCUCCUUCCGGCCAUGGCACAUGCCAUUCUGAGUUACAGGAUUCGUACCCUAAAAGGAGCAAAAAAAAAUGCUUUGAGUCAAGGAUAUAAGGGUGUCAAGUUUGCAUGGGAGAGUGCUUUAACUGGUGAGGAGAUGUGUCCAGAAGAAAUAUAUGGCCAGAAGGAGAUUCACAUCAAUGGAGAUGUCUGCUUUGCCUUUCAGCAGUAUCUGUAUGCAACAGGGGAUUUGUCUCUUUUUCGCGAAGAAGGAGGAUGGGCCCUGGUGCAGGGCAUUGCAGAAUACUGGGUCAGUCGAGUGACUUGGAACACAGAGCAUGGGUGGUAUGAGAUCAAAGGUGUGAUGCCCCCUGAUGAGUACCAUGUUGACGUGGAUAAUUCUGUGUAUACCAAUGUUGUGGCCAAAUACAGUCUGGAAUUUGCAGUUGAACUGGCGCAACUCUUACAGAUUAAAGUUCCUAAAGAAUGGCAGGAAGUUGGCAGCAAAAUCAAAGUGCCCUUUGAUCUUGAUGACCAGUACCAUCCAGAGUUUGAUGGAUUUCAAAAAGGGGAAACAGUUAAACAGGCUGAUGUAGUGCUACUUGGAUUUCCCCUGGGAUAUCCUAUGACUGAAGAUGUCAGAAGGAAUGACCUGGAGUUCUAUGAGCCCUUGACUGAUCAAGGUGGCCCUUCCAUGACCUGGGGAAUGUUUGCUGUGGGCUGGCUGGAACUCAAACAAAAGACUCGUGCUCAGGCCCAUUUAAUGAAAUGUUUCAGCAAUAUUCAAGAACCUUACAAAGUAUGGAGUGAAUAUUCUGAUGGAACUGGAGCUGUUAACUUUCUUACUGGGAUGGGAGGCUUUCUCCAGGCUGUUCUGUUUGGAUACACUGGUUUCAGGAUAAAAAAGGAAAGCCUGAAUUUUGACCCCGCACUUCCAGAAGAAAUUAUGGAUUUUAGUAUCACAGGAGUAUGUUACCUUGGCAACAAGCUUAACUUCACUUUCAAAAGAGAUAAAAUGACCAUCACCUUAGAUAAGAUACUUUGUCUUCAGCAUUUCAAUUUGGAGGUGGCUCUUGUUAAGUCAGGAGAGACUUAUCCUCUGAACCUGGGUAAACAGCUGUCCAUCCCUAUUCAGCCUGGCAGGAUUCAGAAGCGAGUUAACAACUGUUGGCCUCUUUGAUUUCAUUAAAAGGGAUAUACAGUAUAAUAUGCUUAAAAACAAUUAAAUACAGACUUGACUAGAAGAACUAAAACUAGAAGAAGUUGAGUUUUCAUACCUCUGUGCUACGUAAAAUCUAUAUGUACUGUAUGGCGAAUGCCAAUAUUUAAACUAAGCUUUUAAAAAAAAUUAAAGGAACACUUUUACAACACAUCAGAUCUCAAUGGGGAAAAAAAUCAUGCUGGAUAUCUAUACUGAUAUGGACUGGGUAAUAUGUUAGGAAUGAAAGGAUGCCACAUCGUUUGAUGGAAAUGAAAAUUAUCAACUGUAAAAGAGAGACAAAACGAACAUAAAGGUUUGGGGUUUCUGGCCCCGUAUACUGUAAAACAGUAGAAAUAUGACAAAAAUUGUCGUCAAAGGUCAGUACACUUAUGCAGUACACAGUUGACAGUUAAACAUGGCGGAGGAGGAACAUUUAUGAAGAGGGACCGGAAGUAGAGAGGUAUGCUGUGUAUGAGCCGAGAUGGAUGGUGGGAUUGCUGACGUCAUAAGGAGUUGACAGAGGAAGGGCUGUAGUAGCCGUGUGUGGGUACUGAUACAGACAGAUUCAUGGCGGUGGUGCGUCUUUCUUUCUGCAGGAAACAAAGAGAGAAAGGUUAGUACCCCGCCAUUCCCUUCUGGCACGAUACCCUUUAUGUCCGUCCGCGGCCCCCUACUCGCAUGUGCCUGACACAACCUACAGAGGGCCUAAUUCCAAGGCACCCUGACUAUCAAGGUGAAAAAACAGAUGCAGCAGGCUAGUCCAUUUUACCAAAAUUUCAUUGCAGCAGCACAAAAUCAUACUCAGUAGUUUGUAUGGCCCCCAUGUGCUUGUAUGUAUGCCUGACCACGUUGGUGGUGGAGAGGGACAUGCUCCUAAUGAGACGACGGAUGGUGUCCUGGGGGAUCCCCUCCCAGAUCUGGACCAGGGCAUCACUGAGCUCCUGGACAGUCUGAUGU